UAUUAGUACUUUUUCUAAAUUAUGUCUUCCUUUUCAAGUGCUUCAUUUGGCAUAAAGAAUGAAAGCAAAAAGUUUUACUUUGUUGCGAUUGUUGCAAAUAGGAAGACAAUUUAAACGAGGUUACUUCCGGCUUUGCCCUUGGGCCUCAACAUUUCAUCGAACUACCUAGUGUUUUCAAACUGGAAUUUGCUACAGAAACACUCAAAAAGAUGAAAGUUCUUUCAGUCUUCGUUUUCAGCUUUAUACUACUGGCAAGCUCAGCACCAAUGCAAGAAGAUGCAAUGGUGAAUCAAGAAAGUGAACCAGUGUUUGAUGAUGCUUUGCCUGAAGAUGAAGAGUUUGAAGAGUUUAAUGAUGAGCCAAAAGAUGAUGAAGAUGAUGAAGAGGAAGAAGAAGAUAAUGAAGAAGAAGAUGAUGAUGAUAAUGGAAACCAUUUUCCUGAAUCUGCAGACCAAGAAGAUGAGGAAGCCAUGGAUAAUGCAGAGGCACUUCCAAAUAAUGAAGUUGUUUAUGCAAAUGAGUUGGAAAACAACAGAGCAUUUGCGGAGAAUAAAAAGAAGGAUAUAAAAAAUGAGGAUAAAGAUACAAAAAAGGCUACUGCUGAUGAUGCAUCUCACAAAAAGGACUCAAAAACUGCACAGGAAAUGGCACCAAAGCAAAACAGUAAAAAAGAUGAUGUGGAAAAGGUGAAUAAAAAAGAUGAUACAGUUAACAUAUCCAAAAAAGAAAAUGCCAAAAAAGACACAAAGGAAGUAAACAAGAAAGACAGCAAUAGCAAGGUACUAACAAAAGAAGAAUCCAACAAAGAUGAGGAAUUAGGAAACCACAAGGUCAUUGAUCAUGAAUCUGACACUGAUGAUGAUGCAGAAGACAUGGAAGAAGAUGAUGAACCAGUAUCUAUGGAUGACACAGAGCAGGAAGAUUCUGAAGAACCAACUGAUGAAGAGUUAACUGAUGCUGAUGCUGAAGAAGAUCAAGAAGCUGAAGAUAAUGAUGAAACCCUUGUAUAAGUGGACACUGCAUUAUUUAAAGCUGAAAUACAAAUAUACUAUUAAAUUCGUAAUACCUCAUCCAGUUAGUGGGAAAUUAUUGUAGAUGAUGCAAAAUAAUUCUAAUUUUUUUUAAUAUAUGAUCUAGCUUCACUGUA